CUACAGCAAACCAGCAACCAUGAACGGCACAGAGGGACCAGACUUUUACGUUCCCAUGUCGAAUGAGAGUGGCGUGGUGCGCAGCCCUUAUGAAUACCCACAAUACUACUUGGCAUCUCCGUUUGCGUUCUACUGCAUGGCCGCGUACAUGCUGUUCCUCAUCGUGACCUGCGUUCCUGUCAACGGUCUCACUUUGUACGUAACCAUCGAAAACAAGAAGCUCCGGACGCCUCUGAACUAUAUCCUUCUGAAUUUAGCGGUGGCUGACUUGUUUAUGGUGUUCGGUGGAUUUACAACGACCUUCUACACCUCCAUGCAUGGAUACUUUGUCCUGGGACGGGCUGGUUGCAACUUAGAGGGUCUUUUUGCAACCGUUGGCGGUGAGAUUGCACUUUGGUCUUUGGUUGUUCUGGCUGUUGAGAGAUGGGUAGUCGUUUGCAAGCCUUUCACCAAAUUUCGCUUCUCACAACUUCAUGCUACCUUAGGAGUGGCUUUUUCUUGGUCGAUGGCCUGUUCGUGUGCCAUUCCUCCACUCCUAGGAUGGUCCCGGUACAUCCCCGAAGGCUUGCAGUGCUCUUGCGGAGUGGACUACUAUACGCCGAAUCCUGAGACUGAGAACGAGUCGUUUGUCAUCUAUAUGUUCGUGGUUCAUUUCUCAAUCCCUCUCACCAUCAUUUCUUUCUGCUAUGGGCGCCUGCUUUGCACUGUGAAGGUUGCAGCUGCCCAGCAGCAAGAAUCAGAAACUACACAAAGGGCUGAGCGCGAAGUGACCCGAAUGGUGAUCCUCAUGGUCAUCGCAUUUUUAAUAUGUUGGCUCCCCUAUGCCAGCGUGGCCUGGUACAUCUUCACCCACCAGGGGAGUCAAUUCGGCCCUGUUUUUAUGACGGUCCCGGCUUUUUUUGCCAAGAGCUCAGCUCUCUACAACCCGCUCAUUUACGUCUUCAUGAAUAAGCAGUUUCGACACUCCAUGAUGAUGACGGUGUGUUGUGGAAAGGAUCCGUUCCAAGAUGAGGAGGAAGGAAGCUCCAGCUCUAAGUCUAAGACUGAGACCUCGUCCGUCUCCUCUAGCUCAGCUUCUUCUGCCUGAGGCUCAGGCUCUGGGCUAUUUGUGGAAAACACAACUCCACUGCCUGCAGAUUAUGACAGGACUUAUGGAAGAUUCUGAAAUGAAAGAUGGAGUUGUAUAGAUAUGUUUCAAAAAAUAUUUUAAAUAUUAUGUGCAAUUACUAUAAUUGUUCUAAUAAUAUAUCAAGAAUAUUAGUUUAUUAUAAAAAUGUGUGAUUUUAUAUUUACAUAUUUUCUUUUACUUAUGGUAACACUUUAGAAUAAUGCCCCAUUAGUUCAUGUAUUUACUAACAUGACCUAAGUGCCAAUAAUAACCUUGUUCACUAACUAAUGCAUUAUUAAAACAAAAGUUGUCCUUGUUAACAUUAGUUAAUGCACCAUGAGUUCAUAUAAACUAAUGUAAGUUAAAAUAAAUGACACUAAAUAACGUUAAGGCGGUUCAUUCCGCUGUGGCCACCCCUGGUUUAUGAGGGAAUAAGCAGAAAAGAAAAAAGAUUAAAUAACGCUAACAAAGAUGAAUAAAUAACCAUAAUAAACAUAUAUCUAAUAGUUUGUUCAUGUUAGUAAAUACAUUAACUAACAUUAACUAUGGACCAUUAUUUUAAAGUGUUACUGAAUAUACAAACAGUAUAAGAUUCGUAAGACAUAUAAGAUAAGAUUUUAUUUAUUUUUCUAUUUUGAAAGAAAUACAGCAAGCAUGUAUUCAUUUGAUCAAUUGCAAUGGUCAAAAUAUUGUUAUUCGACUUACAGUAGUUGUCAAAUAUAGGAUUAUCUUUGCUAUUUAUUGAAACGUGGCUGUUAUGUGGAUGCUUUUUUAAGCAGUGUAAUUUGAACAUGCAUUUUAGUUGUUUCGUAUAAAUUAAUGCAAGGAAACAGGCUUAUUAAGAACUGUGUAGGAGAAGUUUUGCUAAUCACUUUACAGUGGGCAAUUAAGGAAAUGCUGUUUACUGAUUUUAUUCCAAGUUAAUGUAUAUUUUAGUUGCUGUGAGAUGCUGGAUUUUGUAGUGAAGUGAAAUACAACACAUUUUACCAAUCAACUGCAGUGAGAAUUGUUUUCAAAAUCGGUGAUGACAACAACAACAACAACAACAACAACAACAACAACAACAACAACAACAAUAAUAAUAAUAAUAAUAAUAAUAAUUAUUAUAAUUUUUCUUGAGCAACAACUCAGAAUAUUAAAAGGAUAAAGACUGAGGUAAUGGCUGUUAAGCUUUGCUAUUUCAAGAAUAAAAGGCAUUUUUAAAUGUA